GGUUUACCAGUAAAAGAGCAAUAUUAGAAGGAGAACAAUGCAAUGUUUGCAGAUUUACGGUGAAAUGUGGAGAAAAGCAGUGUGUUCAAUCCCACCCUAUAGACCUUUCUCUUCUUCCGCCGCCACUGAUAUCCCAACUCUUUACUCUUUCCUUCAGCCUUCAAUUUUUGCAUUAAAACCAAACAAGCAAUCAAAACAACCUCAGGACUCCACCAAUUCCCAAACCAAAACCCUAACCGAAGAACAAAAAACCACUCUACAAACCACCCUAGAGAAAUCCCUUCUCACCCACAACACUGAUGAAGCCUGGAAGUCCUUCAAGUCCCUCACCAUCUGCUGCACUUUUCCCAAUAAGUCCCUCACUAACUCCCUUAUUACCCACUUGUCUUCCUUGCAAGACACCCAAAAUCUCAAAAGGGCAUUUGCCUCUGUGAUUUUUGUCAUUGAAAAGGAUCCAAAGUUGCUGUCUUUUGAAACCGUGACUACCCUUUUGAGUUCCAUGAAUUUUGCCAACACCGCCGCCCCUGCUUUUGCUCUUAUAAAAUGCAUGUUCAAAAACAGGUACUUUGUCCCUUUUGGGUUGUGGGGUAAUAUGCUUGUUGAUGUCAGUAGGAAAAGUGGUAGCCUUGUUGCAUUUUUAAGAGUUUUUGAGGAAUGUUGUAGGAUUGCUAUUGAUGAAAAGUUGAAUUAUAUGAAACCUGAUUUGGCUGCUUGUAAUGCUGCUCUAGAGUGUUGCUGUUGUGAGCUUGAAUCAGUUUCGGAUGCUGAAAAAGUAGUGGCAACUAUGUCUGUCUUAGGUGUUCGGCCCGAUGAAUCAAGUUUUGGUUUCCUUUCUUAUUUGUUUGCAUUAAAAGGGCUUGAAAAGAAGAUAGAUGAGUUAGAAAAAUUGAUGGUUGAGUUUGGUUUUUCAAAUAAACGGGUGUUUUUUAAUAGCUUGAUUGGUGGGUAUGUCAAGUCGGGCAAAAUAGACUCAGUUUCAACCACGGUUUUGCGUAGUUUGAGAGAAGGUAAUGGGAAAGAGUGGAUUUUCAGUGAUGAAACUCACUGUGAAGUGGUUAAAGGGUAUCUUCAAAAUGGGGCUAUGAAGAGUUUAGCUAGUUUGAUCAUUGAAGCUCAAAAGUUGGAGUCUCCCAUGCUUGAGGUUGACAAGUCUUUUGGAUAUGGCAUCAUUAGCGCCUGUAUUAAUCUUGGUUUAGCAGAUAAGGCACACAGCAUUCUUGAUGAAAUGAAUGCUCAGAGUGGUUCCGUGGGGCUUGGUGUUUAUGUGCCUAUCUUAAAGGCUUACAGCAAGGAGCAUAGAACUGCCGAAGCUACUCAAUUAGUUGUGGAUAUUGGUAAUUCAGGGCUUCAGUUGGAUGCAGGAAUGUAUGACAUGCUAAUUGAAGCGUCCAUGACGAGUCAGGAUUUUCAGUCUGCUUUUACAUUGUUUAGGGAUAUGAGAGAUGCAAGAAUACUUGACUUGAAAGGGAGUUAUCUUACUAUAAUGACAGGUCUGAUGGAGAAUCAAAGACCUGAGUUGAUGGCUGCAUUUCUAGAUGAAGUUGUUGAAGACCCUCGCAUAGAAGUUAAAACUCAUGACUGGAACUCAAUUAUUCAUGCUUUCUGUAAAGCUGGGCGGUUGGAAGAUGCUAGGAGGACUUUCAGAAGGAUGACUUUCCUGCAGUUUGAGCCAAAUGAUCAAACAUAUUUGUCCCUGAUUAAUGGUUAUGUGACUGCGGAGAAAUAUUUCAGUGUUUUGAUGCUAUGGAAUGAGAUUAAACGGAAAAUUUCAGGUGGCAAAGAGAAAGGCAUCAAUUUUGAUCACAACUUAGUUGAUGCAUUCUUAUAUGCUCUUGUUAAAGGGGGUUUCUUUGAUGCAGUGAUGCAAGUCGUUGAGAAGUCGCAAGAGAUGAAAAUUUUUGUGGAUAAAUGGAGGUACAAACAAGCAUUCAUGGAGAAGCAUAAGAAGCUUAAAGUGUCAAAGUUGAGGAGAAGGAGCUUCAGGAAAAUGGAGGCACUUAUCGCUUUCAAGAAUUGGGCUGGUUUGAAUGCAUGAUUAUCCACAGUACUUCUGAAACACAAGGAGCUUCAAAUCGACAGAAUUCUACUUGCCACGAGGCAUCAGUACCAUGAACUUUAUGCUAUUGUAUUCCCUUGAAAUAUGUAGAUGUCCAGGAAACUUGAAGCUCACUUGAAAUAUGGGGAUUUCUAGGAAACUGAAAGCUCUUAGUGUUAUCGGUUGUGUGAAUUCUUCAUCCCACUGGUGAUACCUAGUUGCCUUGGUAUCUGCAUGCGGUACCGACUCACUGUAAAUCCAGUGGAUGUGCUAUGGUUGUUUUAUCCGAGAAGAGUUUGAACCUGAUGCAAGUUCAAUAUAUGAGGUAGGGGGAUUGGUUAGGUUUUCUUUGCUGCUUGGCACUGAAGUGAAUUUGAGAGGAAAAUUUUCCCCGUCUUUUAUACAUUUAUUAUUUACCAUUAGCCAUUAUGUGAACCACAUUUCCCUCUUUUAGGAUGUGACAGACUGAUAUAUUCUGACAGAGGAUUUAGAAGCCCUGACUCAGUGUAAUCACUUUGAAAGAGGAGUAAAACAUUUUCUAUUUACAUAUUGUAAAAAAUGCGACAAAAAAAUAAAUUUACAAGACGUGCUGUGUCCAUGAAUGGGGUUGCAGUUUUC